CAUGUCUGUGCCUGAAAUGACACAAUAAGGGCAAGUGUACAACUGGGCUUCACUGCUGCUGGGAGUCCUUAGAAUUUAUGCCUUCCUGUGUCAAAGACAUCAUUUUUCCUAAUUUCCAGAUGUGUUUCUCUGUGUACCACCCUCAUAUAACUACAACAACAACAAUAACAGCAACGACAACAAGAAUAGCUAACAUUUACUGAGUUCUUCUUCUGUGCCAUGCCGUUUGCUAAAGUUACCCUUGGAAGCAGAGGUCCAGGCAGAGGUAUUACCAAGUCAUCUUUGCGGCCCUCCUUCAGAAUAAAAGAAAGAUGGCCAAGGAGAGGGGCCAAAUAAGCCCCAGUGAUUUUGCCCAGCUGCAGAAGUACAUGGAAUACUCCACCCAAAAGGUCAGUGAUGUCCUAAAGCUCUUUGAGGAUGGCGAAAUGGCUGAAUAUCUCCAAGGAGAUGCCAUUGGGUACAAGGGAUUCCAGCAAUUUUUGAAAGUCUAUCUGGAAGCAGAUAAUGUUCCCAAUCACCUAAGUCUGGCACUGUUUGAAUCCUUCAAGACGGGUCACUGUUUAGAAGACACUGUGAAAAAUGAUCUCGUAUGUCUCAGUGAUGUCUCCUGCUACUUUUCCCUUCUGGAGGGUGGCCGGCCAGAAGACAAGCUAGAAUUCACCUUCAAGCUGUACGACACGGACAGAAAUGGGAUCCUGGACAGCUCAGAAGUGGACAGAAUCAUCAUACAGAUGAUGCGAGUAGCUGAAUACCUGGAUUGGGAUGUGUCUGAGCUGAGGCCGAUUCUUCAGGAGAUGAUGAAAGAGAUUGACUAUGAUGGCAGCGGCUCUGUCUCCCUAGCUGAGUGGCUCCGGGCUGGGGCCACCACCGUGCCACUGCUAGUGCUACUGGGUCUGGAGAUGACUCUGAAGGACAAUGGGCAACACAUGUGGAGACCCAAGAGGUUCCCCCGACCAGUCUACUGCAACCUGUGCGAGUCAAGCAUUGGUCUUGGCAAACAGGGGUUGAGCUGUAACCUCUGUAAGUACGUCGUUCAUGACCAGUGUGCCAUGAAGGCCUUGCCUUGUGAAGUCAGCACCUAUGCCAAGUCCCGGAAGGACAUUGGUGUCCAAUCACAUGUGUGGGUGAGAGGAGGCUGUGAGUCUGGCCGAUGUGACCGCUGUCAGAAAAAGAUCCGCAUUUACCACAGUCUGGUCGGACUGCAUUGUGUGUGGUGCCACCUAGAGAUUCAUGAUGACUGCCUGCAAACCAUGGGUCAUGAAUGUGACUGUGGGCUGCUCCGGGAUCACAUCCUGCCUCCAUCUUCCAUCUAUCCCAGCGUCCUGGCCUCUGGACAGGAGCGUAAAAUUAACAAAGCAAGCCAGAAGACCACAGAUGAUUUAAGUUUGAGCACCUUUGAGGCUCUGCGGAUUGACCCUGUUUCUAACACCCACCCACUUCUGGUCUUUGUCAACCCUAAGAGUGGCGGGAAGCAGGGGGAGAGAGUGCUUUGGAAAUUCCAGUAUCUACUAAACCCUCGACAGGUGUUCAACCUCCUAAAAGAUGGUCCUGAGCCAGGGCUCAGAUUCUUCAGAGAUGUUCCUGGUUACCGGAUUUUGGUGUGUGGUGGAGAUGGCACAGUAGGCUGGAUUCUAGAGACCAUAGACAAAGCCAACUUACCAGUUGUGCCCCCUGUUGCCGUGUUGCCCCUGGGCACUGGAAAUGAUCUGGCUCGUUGCCUAAGAUGGGGAGGAGGAUAUGAGGGACAGAAUUUGGGGAAGAUCCUCAAGGAUUUAGAGAUGAGUAAGGUGGUACAUAUGGAUCGGUGGUCCGUGGAGGUGAUACCUCAACAAACUGAAGAAAAGAGUGACCCAGUCCCCUUUCAAAUCAUCAAUAACUACUUCUCCAUUGGUGUGGAUGCCUCUAUUGCUCACCGAUUCCACAUCAUGCGAGAGAAAUAUCCUGAGAAGUUCAACAGCAGAAUGAAGAACAAGCUAUGGUAUUUCGAAUUCGCCACUUCUGAAUCCAUCUUCUCAACAUGCAAAAGGCUGGAGGAGUCUUUAACAGUUGAGAUCUGUGGGAAACCACUGGAUCUGAGCAACCUGUCCCUAGAAGGCAUCGCAGUGCUGAACAUCCCUAGCAUGCAUGGUGGUUCCAAUCUCUGGGGUGAUACGAAGAAACCCCAUGGAGAUAUCCAUGGGAUCAACCAGGCCUUGGGCGCUGCAGCUAAAGUCAUCACCGACCCUGAUAUCCUGAAAACCUGUGUACCAGACCUAAGUGACAAGCGGCUGGAAGUGGUAGGGCUGGAGGGUGCAAUUGAGAUGGGCCAGAUUUAUACCAAGCUCAAGAAUGCUGGACAUCGGCUGGCCAAGUGCUCUGAAAUCACCUUCCACACCACAAAAACCCUUCCCAUGCAAAUUGAUGGAGAACCCUGGAUGCAGACACCCUGUACAAUCAAGAUCACUCACAAGAACCAGAUGCCCAUGCUUGUGGGCCCACCCCCUCGCUCCUCCAAUUUCUUUGGCUUCUUGUGCUGAAGGGGACACCUCAGCCUCCAAGCCAGCCUUGAACCCACCUCUUCAUCCCUGGACUCUACUCCUAGGCUCUGUACAUUGCUGCCACACCCUCCUGCCAGCUCAGGAGAGUGUUCCUUCACCCUCAAAAUAUUUAUUAUCCUGCACCACUUCCACUAUUCGCCAUGCACAUGUGCAUCCACACACACACACACACACACACACACACACACACACACACACACCCCACCACCACCACCACAAACACAUACAUUGAAAGUGCCUCAUCUAAAUAAAAUGACUUUUUUCCCCCACUGGGAUAUCUGUUAAGUAAAUGGUACACCUCCUUUCUGUAUACCUCCACUCUGUAAAUGAUAUAGAUUCUCCCAGAAGCAAGAACAUAAAACAGCA